CUUCAACCGUUCGACUUGUUGCCUUUAACCUCUUCACCUAUUGACGACUACUCCGGUAUAUACUCCAAAAAUCGUUUCCCUGCGGCCACUCGCCACCUCCAUUUAUUUAGAAAUAUUUUUAAUCUCUAUGUUACCGUGAUACAAAUAAUCCAAAUUAAUAUGCCACAUGUAUAAUUAAAUAAUCAAACUAAUACAAAUUAAUGUUUUGAGGCAGUAUCUCAUAAAUUUACACUUUUAACAAUUUUUUUGUUAAUUUUAGGAUUUUUUAAAAAUUUGUGCAGACGGUGGUCUUACUUAUAAUUUAUAAAUUGAGUAUUUGUCAAACCCUAAACCCUUUCUCAUCAUCUUCCUCUCAGAGCAGAACUUCUUCUCAUUAAUGGCGUCCAAACAAUCCAAAUCAAAACCCAACAACAGCCAUAAGAAGAGAGAUAAGCGCAGUCUCUCAGAGCUUAAAACCCUAGGCCAUCAACUUCUGUCUUCUCGAGCUCACAUCAACAAUUUGCCUCUUCUUCUUUCUUACAUAUCUCCUUCUACACCUCCUUCUUACGUUGUUGAAUCUCUUCUCUCUCUUCAAUCCUUCUUCUCUCCCGUCCUUCCUUCUCUUCCUCCGUCCUCUAUUAAUGGUGCCGCCGUCAAUACUGAUGCUUCCGACCCCGAUGUCAUUUACCGUACUUGGCUUCGCUCUAAGUUCGACGAACUUGUCAACUCUUUAAUUGAAAUAUCUGUUGCUCCUGGCUGCGAGGAAACUGUUCGUGAGGUUGUAUUGGAUACUAUAAUGGAGUUUGUGAAGCUUGGGAAUGGAGGAAAGUUUUAUUCUUCUUUAUAUCACAAAUUUCUUCAAGCCAUUGUUACUACAUCCGUAGAAGUUGAAUUCUUACUAGAAUCCCUUGCAUCAACUUAUUUUAAGUACAUUGAUGUGCGUUACUUUACUUUCAUUUCUAUUAACAAACUAUGUAAAACGCUGGAAUCAAACAAUAGUUCAGGUGACAAACGUUUGACUGAAGAUGGAGAUGACUCAAAGGCAAGCUUAGAAUGUUCUAUAAAGAAGAUCCACUUCAUCUUAUCCCGCAUUCCUCUAGGAAACCUGGAUGAGAAUGUUACUACCGAGAUGUGGAGUGCAGUUCUUGAUGGAUUAGGUUUCUUAUCUAAAGAAGGUGACUCUAUGGGUACAAAAGAGAAACAGAAACAGAAGAAAGAAGAGAAGUCUACCAAAAGUGAUGUUCCUAUGAGUAUUGUCUCAAAAAAGAUGAAAUUGAAGUUUACAAAGGGCUGGACAUCAUUUCUUAGGUUACCACUUUCUCUUGAAGUCUACAAGGAGGUGCUCGUGAAUCUGCAUCAGGCAGUCAUUCCUUAUCUGUCCGAGCCUGUCAUGUUGUGUGACUUCUUGACAAGGUCCUAUGACAUUGGUGGAGUUGUCAGCGUCAUGGCUCUGAACGGUCUUUUCAUUCUUAUGACCAAGUAUGGCUUGGAAUAUGACAACUUUUAUGAAAAGCUUUAUGCUCUCUUAAUACCUUCCAUAUUUAUGGCAAAACACCGUGCACGAUUCUUUGAGCUGCUUGAUUCUUGUUUGAAAUCGCCACUUCUUCCUGCAUACCUGGCGGCUGCUUUCACAAAGAAGUUGAGCAGACUUUCUCUUGUAGUCCCUCCUUCUGGAGUACUGGUUAUUAUAGCAUUGAUACACAAUCUUCUACGGAGACAUCCAUCAAUCAACUGUUUGGUUCAUCAGGAAACUGGUGAAGGAACUGUUUGUUAUGACACAAAAUCGGAGAAAGAGUCUUCUAGUUCUGAUGGAAAUGAUGGUCAUGCCUUUAAUGUGACCAAUGGAAAACAAGGAGUUGAUCUUUUCAAUAAUGAGGAAAGUGAUCCUUUGAGGUCAAAGGCUAUGAGUAGUUCUCUUUGGGAGAUUGACACACUGCGUCACCACUAUUGUCCUCCUGUUUCCAGAUUUGUUUUGUCACUUGAGAAUGAUUUGACAGUAAGAGCAAAAACUACCGAAGUAAUGAUUAGUGACUUCAGUUCUGGUUCAUAUUCUACCAUAUUCAGGGAAGAGAUGAGGCGGAGGGUCAAGCAAGUUCCUCUUGCAUUUUAUAAAACAACACCAACCUCUUUGUUUUCGGAGUCCGAUUUUCCCGGCUGGACUUUUAAUUUUGAUGGAAGCAAUGAGGAUGUGAAGACAUAGAAUUUUAUUCUGAUGUAGAAAAAAAGUUGGAACCUUAGCAUUCAUUUCAUGUAGUGACCACAAAUGUUUACAUGCAGUAAACUAUUUGAUUUUGUUUAUUGAAUAAUCAUGUAGUCUCAAAAUAUUUUUUUCUCUUUCCUUUGGGAGAUUUACAUUAUUGUGGGUGUUUGGUAGUUGUGACAAGACGAAAUAAGGCAAAGCCAUUGUCAUAGUUUGCCCCAAUCGGUCGCACCUCUCUGGACUACCCUUGGGGCCAUACUUUUGCCAAUCUGGUAAUUAUUUUAAGUGAAAUCCAGACAAAA